UCGGUGUUCGGUGUCAGGUUGAUCAUAUCCACGUGGAUCCCAUCCAUGUCAUGAAAUGUUACUCGAUUUCUGAUUGGCGGGGAAACAGGACAUUCAGCCAAUCGCCGAACAGAGCGCGCAGAUUCAGCGCAACUGAAAAUGGCGGACGGGAGCUCGAAUGCUGUGUUCAAAAAGGAGACGGUGGGCAAGCUUUUCUCAUUUUUUUUCAAAGACGAAAAAACUAAAAUAAGCGGUGAUGCAGUUAUUCUAAUGACUGAGAUGCUGAAGAUAUUUGUCGAAGAGGCCGCCCGAAGAUCAGUGAAGCAGGCAGAUGCAGAAGAUUGUGACCUGGUUGACAUUGAGCACUUUGAGAAGAUCUUACCACAACUGCUCCUGGACUUCUAGUAACCUUUGCUUCCACAUUCUUUGUGUGUCACAUGACUGCUGGGGAAGAGAGAUUCCUUCACCUCAAGUGUUAUCAGUUGAGUUGCCCUUGUUAUCAUUCACUGCAGUAAGAGUGCGGAGAUCUGUCUCUUAACACCCAUCAUGAAGUGGAUCAGCAGUGAAGGAACUAGAAAUGCCACGAGACGACAGCGGAAUUAUGUUCUUUCCUUUACAGGACAGAUGUAUCCUUCCAAAGACACCACCCUUUGGGUCGUGGGGACAGAAAAACAGCUUCAUAAGAACCCAAAUCCUACAUCAGCUGGUUGCUUAUUUUGGCCUCUUUUUUUUUUUUGUGUGUGUGAUAGAUUCAACCCAGAGGUUUUCUCCCAAACAAUGAUUGUUUCCUAAUUCAGUAUUUUACAAAUUUUAAAACGUCUUGGUAUAUGAAUGACCUAAACUGCGACCUAAACUGCAAAAUUACAACGUGUCUUGAUAGUUUAGUCAUUACUUUUUUCUGUGAGAUGGGGUAAAAGGCCAAUGGAUUAAAUGUUCUGCCACUAUGUCUGACUUACAAUUUAGCACCUAGUUGUAGUCAGUUCUGAAAGUUUGAUUUCCGUCUAGUACGACAUAAACUGUAUUUGUAUUCUUGUGUAACGUGGAAAAUAAAUAUUUGCCUAGUCAAAAUA